AACAGGGGUUUGACCCCCCGAUCUUUCUUCCUGGACAAAGUUCAAACUCGAGAGGCAUCUUAUGAUCUGUUCCAACCCUAAUUGAAUUCUGUUAGGAGUGAAACAGCGCGGGAUUAAGGGCGUGUCUGUAACCAGGAUUAACCUGCUCUGUAACCUCUGUCCCUGGCUGUGGAGUGGAUGAAGCUCAGUAUGAGCUGUGUCUGGAGCAACAUGGAGGCAGCAGGCAGUCAGAAUGAAAUCUCUCCCAAAGAGAAAAGAAAUCCUCACAAAGCCGCCUUAAUUCUGGCCAGAGGAGGGAGCAAAGGGAUUCCCCUGAAGAACAUUAAGGUCCUGGCUGGAGUUCCUCUCAUCGGCUGGGUGAUCAGGGCUGCACUCGACUGUGAGCUGCUCGACAGCGUCUGGGUCUCCACAGAUCAUGAUGAGAUCGAGCGAAUCGCUAAACUCUGGGGCGCUCAGGUGAUUCGCCGGAGUCCUGAGGUGUCCAAAGACUCCUCCAGUUCCCUCGACACCAUCCGCGAGUUCAUCAGCCUGAGGCCAGAGGUGGACAUUAUUUGUCACAUCCAGGCGACCUCUCCAUGUCUGCACCCUCACCACAUUAAAGAGGCAUUAGAGCUGAUCACAGAGGAGGGAUAUGACUUUGUGUUUGCUGCAGUGCGCAGGCAUCAGUUCCGCUGGACCGAGGUGAAGAGAGAAGAGGUUAAGAACACUGUUCCUCUGAACCUGGACCCCUCCAAGAGGCCACGGCGUCAGGACUGGCCAGGCGAGAUCUGUGAGAACGGUUCCUUUUACUUCAGCAAGAGAGAACCAUUUGAGAACGGCUUAAAGCAGGUUGGAAGAGUUGCCUACUAUGAGAUGCUUCCUGAGCACAGUGUGGAUAUUGAUGUGGACAUCGAUUGGCCCAUAGCAGAGGAGCGAGUCCUCAGGUUUGGUUAUUUCGGCCGUGAUAAACCCGCAGCGUUCAGGUUGCUGCUCUGCUCCGUGUCCGGCUGUUUGACUGAUGGACAGAUUUACAUGUCAGUCUCUGGAGAGGAGCUGGUGUCCACCAACGCACAAGACCUCAGUGCCAUUCGGCUGCUGCAAAGCGAAAACAUUGAGGUGAUCCUGAUCUCCUCCAGCAGCGACCCGGUGUCUGAGGCUCUGUCUGAAAAGCUUGCUCAGCGUGCAGGAUGUGUUCUUCACUACAGAGUCGAGAACAAACAGUCUGAAGUUGAGAGUCUGAUGAAGGAGCGAGAUCUGAAUUGGACAGAUGUGGCCUAUUUUGGCACAGAUAUGCAGGACGUGGAGUGUUUAUCCAAGGCAGGGUUAAGUGGGGUUCCUCCCGGAGCUCCUGCUACUUCGAUCAUCGCUUGUAAAUACACCUGCAAGAACGCAGCAGGCCGUGGAGCGCUGCAUGAGUUCGCUAAUUACCUUCUACAGCUGAAGAAAAAAGCCAAAACAAACACAAAUCAGGACAAAAUUGAUAGGCAACACUUUUAAAAGAAAUAAAAUGUGUUUUUUUUUUUUGCCAGGCUUUUCGUUUGUUACAUAUUCUCUGUUCUUGGUUAAUUGAUUGGUGUUAUAUUGUGCUUUAGGUUUAAGCAUUGGAUAUAUUGUUAUUAUUUUAUUCUAAUUUACAGUUAAAUGUGUGAAUGUUCAAUUAAUGUUUAAAUGAUAAAGUUUUUGUGGAAUGUUGGACCUGCAAAGUCAGGUUUAAAAUGUCAUUUAAAAAACAGUGAUCGAGUGAAAUUUAGAUUUAGACUUUGAUUAAGUUUAAAGAAUGAUUUACAAACACUAAUCUUUAAUUCAUUUUUCUUUUAACUUUUGUGUGUAUUUGUUUAUUUCUUUUUAUUUUACACAUUUGGUUUUAGCCUAGGACACCUGGAGAUUGCAAAAGAAGUCAAGGCUUUUACUGUAAACCUAUAAUCUAAGCUUUGGUAGAAAAGAAAAAUGUUUUCUAUUAGUAAUUUCUUCUUUUAGAAAUAAAAAGCACAAAAAUAAGGAAGGCCAGAGAAUAUAUCCAGAGAAUAAAUUUAGCUACUGUUGUAAAUCUCCUCAAAAUUCUGAUUUAAUAACAAUAAUAAUAUGUUAGUGGUGUAACAGUUCGGAUCGGUUCGGUGCUUGUGAUAUAUUUUAACUAGUGUUGCGUGAUCCUCUGGAUUAAUGUGCUAUCUAUGAAGAGUUUGUGUCUUUUUAUUUCUCAUUCUUCCUUGGCUGUCAGGUGUAUCAGGAACACACAUCUCAUGUAAUAAUUCCAUAUGCUCUUCACAAGUACCAUGUUUUACCUUAUAAUAGAAAGAAGGCUAUAAUAUCACACUCAUUAUGCACAUCCUAUGCUUAUGUGUGUGGAUAGAUAGACCAUAUAAUAGAAAGAAAGAAAUGGUAAAGAAAAUGUAAGACAUCUAACGGUAAAUAAAUAUACUCAAUGACAGCUAGCUGUUAUAGA